AUGUCAGAGUCCUCGAUCCAUACUCGUAGAAUUUUGAGUGGUCGCAUCUUUAGGCUUCUUUUUAUACAUCCUGCCCUCGACCAGCAUCAGCAACUCGAAUGCUACUGUCUUCCUUUCGAAAUUGAUGCCGCUCCUCCUUAUGAAGCGUUAUCCUAUGUUUGGGGCCCACCAGAACCAUCUACUAAGCUUCUGUGUAAUGGACACUCCAUUCUCGUCCGGUCGGAGCUCGCGAACGCUUUGACGAAAAUGCGUCUUCGAGAUUCCACACGCAUAGUCUGGACGGACGCAAUCUGUAUAAAUCAGGACGAUGAUGAAGAAAAAAGUUUACAAGUACCUUUGAUGGGCAGCAUCUAUUCAUUGGCAAAAAGAGUCAUCGUCUGGUUGGGGUAUGGAGAUGUACAGCAAGUCCAGGAAGCCUUGGAGUGCAUCAAGUUUAUCGCUAGGGCUCGCCGCCAGUAUAAACAAGACCACAACCUGAUCGCAGAUGACGACGAUCAGCUUCAGGAACUGUUCAGUCGGCCAUGGUUCUCGAGGAUCUGGUGUGUUCAAGAAAUUCGGUUAGCGCAGGAUGCACUCGUC